AAUUCCAUAUAUGUGCAUUGAUUAAAUUUGAAUUACGCGCGAUAUUUAGUUAUUGGCAAACACGCCCAGAUCAGUGUGCCAAUCCUGGGUUUACUGAUUUGGCUGCAUUCAGCAAGCAGUGAGCGGUUGCGCUACUGCAUGGAUGCAUUACGUACAUUGUUUUUCCGUUUUCUACGCAGAGAAGAUCAGCCAUUAUUGCCGGGAGAGAUCAGCUAUUCAGCUCGUGCGCAUUUUUAAAAGGUCUUUUUUCCAAAGGGUUAAGGGUAUCUUAUCGAUAUUGUACUAACUUUAUGGUGAUAGUGUAGAUGAGCACUGUGUUCUACUUAAAAUUAUCAUUGGAAUUUUAAAAUCUGCACUUGUCGAGUUAAUUUUAAGUGAGGUAUUCAAAUUAAAUGAGGCAUUGAUCUUCAUCAUUGUGGCUCAAUUCACUUGCAUGCAUAACCUGCCUGCUGUAUCCCUUCGGUUUGUGCACGAUGUCAGAGGACGAUAGGCCUCUAUUUCUCAUGAGCUGGAAAUGCUAAGGGACUCAUGUCCAUCAGAUUUUAAUAGACUUCCAAAACCUUUUGAAGACUUUUCUUACAUGAAAGUUUGUAGUAUUAAAAUUUUUAACACAUGAAGGGAAGAGACUAACUUCUGAUGAUGAUGUAUAUUAUGCUGUUGGUCUUACCCGAUGGUUUACAACUGAAUUAGAUGAAAACAUGGAAGUACGGAUUAAAUGGCCACCUACAUCUGUAGAUGCGGGAAAUUUAGUCAGAAAGGAGAAAUCGCCUGAUCCAAAUUGGGGAGAAGAAAUUGUUUUAAUUAAGAGAUUUUAUGAUUUAUAUGAUAAGGCUGCUGCUUCAUGUAAGGGAUACGUAGAAGAUUCCAAUUAUGAAACAGAUCAUCGUGAAUUAGGAAGAGGACACAGAACAAAAAGAAAGAUACAACGUUUAGACUCUGAAUCUGAAAAUGAAUCAGACUCUGGAUUGCAAAAUUCUAGAGUCAAAAAGGGAAAGACUCGUUCAUCGAACAAGAAUCUUCAAAAAUUAAAGAAAACAAUACCAGCACCUCCUCCUGUUUCUUUUGUUAUGCCACGAAGAUCCCCGCACGAAUUAGUGCGGCAGCAGACUCUCGAACUAGAGAAACAACCUCUUAAGAAGAUAAAUAUUAACAAAAUCUCUGAAAACGAAAAUCAAGUGACCAAACGUAUCUUUAACAUGAAGAAAAAAAUACAGGAAGAAAAAGCUGAAAAUACUACGCUCUCUGAAAAACUUCGUCAAUUAUUGUCGAAUAAAAAACUCCAAAAAUCUUGUAAAGAUAAACCAACCCUGUAUCAAGAUGAAAAGACACUUGAACAUCAAAAUGUAGACGAUUUUGAUUUGGAUAAAAUUGAGAAUUUUGAAAAUCAAAAUUUUGAAAAAGAAAAUAUUACAUCAACGAUUCCAGAGAAGCAAAUUGUUUCUGAAUACUGUCCAUCCUCUACAGAUACCAAAAUUCUUUCGCCCAGCUCAUCUGAAAAGGAUUUUGUUUAUAACUCACCAAGUGAGGAGUUGAAGAGAAAUAGUUCUUUGUCACAUCUAUCCUCUUCUGCUGUAGGCAGAGGUUCUUUUAAUGUAAAAUCUCAUUCUAAUGACAACUAUUUGUAUCAAUCUGAGAAGUCUGAAAGCAGUUCAUCUCAAAAUAAGUCUCAUUCUAAUGACGACUAUAUGUAUCAAUUUGAAAAGUCUGAAGGCAGUUUUUUUCAAAAUAAGGAUGCAGAUAUUUCUCUUGUAUGUCUCAUCAAAACGUAUCAUAAUGAAAUAAAAAAAGAAUUAAAAGAAUUGAAUAGUAAAUUAGAUUUUUGUUUACUAAAUCAAGAAAAACUACAUAGAUACAUACUUCCGGGUGAGAAAACUAUUAAAAGACCCACAGGAUUCCACUCGCUUCCAGUUAAAUCUGAACAAGAACUACAGGCUUUAGAAAAAUUUUUAUCCAACGAUGCAAAUUUAUCAGCGGCAAGUAUGUAUUUUGGAAGAUUUGUAGACAAAAAUAGUCUGGAUAAUUCAGUCAGGAAGAUAUUACGAAAUGUUAUUUGUAAUGAUGUAGCAAACAAAUACAGCUUUCAAGGAGCUAAAGGGAAAAAAAUUUGAAAUAUUGAAGACGUGGGAGCUUAUUCUAGGUGCAUUACUAUUAUAUUUUGAACCAGAAGAAAUGGUCACGGCUGACAAUGUUGCAAAGUUAUGGUUGGCCAAUGCUCCAUGGCGCACACAAACGGAUGGGACUAUUUGUGGCAAAAAAUGCAACCAAAGAGAAUAAUAAAUAUGUAUAAAAAUAAAUAAAAUUAAUUAAAAAUAUAUUAAAAACCUUUUUUGUUAGUUUAUUAUUAUUUGUAUAAGAAUCAAUCACGGUUUUACCAAUUAUGGUUGAACUAACAGUUCAAGUUAAUAAAGUAUGAAAAGAUAAAAAAUCGUUAUACUUGUAUCUACAUCCUGUUAACUUUAACCGUCAGUUUAAUCGUAGUUGGUGAAAUUUAGGGUAACUUCGACCAAUUCUGAUUAACUUUAAUUGUUGAUUAAAGGCUUCCCAACGUAAUAAAAUAAUUCAUCAGUGUUACUAACUUGUAUUUCUAACAAUGUAAUUGUUCUAAUCUAAUCUAAUUUUGUUGAAACAGUUACUUUGAAUUAUUUUGUUAUGUUAACAAAUCGUUAAUCAACCAUUAAACUUAAUCGGAGUUUGUUGAAUAAGUGGCCCAAAAAAUAGUUUGUUGAAUCGAUAUCGAAUCAAUGUCGAUUCGAUAUCGAUAAAUCAUCGAAACUGUGAUCAUCUGAAUAUCGAAUUUGAUAUAUAAAUCGACGUAAAAUUUCGAUGUCGAAUUGAUAUCGAUUUGAUGUCGAUUCGAUGUAUCAUUUCUCACUGGGAGUGUCCACUAGUGUGAACGAGACACACUGACAUGUUCUUUCUUACACUAAUGGACACUGUGUUACACUGUGUCUUGCUGGAAAGCAUACUAUAUCGUCAUUUACUUAUUUACCAGUGGCUUCUAGGAGACAUGCUCAUGCACGCUCAUUGUCUUAUGCGUCCGGUGCCUUCUUGAUCUAUUUCACUGUUAUUUGAGUGUUACAAAGUGCUGUUGAGAACUUUUAGUAUACAUAUCACAUUAUUGAUAAUCUUCAGUUUAUCAGUAAAAAUUUUAUAGAUAUGAUUGAUAUUAUGAAAUGGUCACCAGGAGAAGUAGCAGAGAAAAUAUUGGAUCUUACACAAAACGAAUUAACUGCUAAUAUUUUUCUAGAUGAAUUUUGGAAAUUAUAACAGUUUUAGAUUUGAAUAUUGAUAUCGAUUUGGAUUAGAAUUGUUACAGUGUUUUAAAAUAUUGAAAUGGAACGUUUGAAUUGCUAUAUAUGUUACCAACAUAUUCCCAAAGGAUUAAAUGGUUUAGUGCGACAUUUACGAAUUUCUCACGGACUUACUAUUCAUCGAGGAAUAGGAAACACUGGUUUUAAAUGUGGUCAAGAUGGAUGUUGGCGAAAUUUUAAAUAUUUUUAUACAUUAAGGAGGCAUAUACGUCAAUGUCAUAAAUACAGAUGUAAUGAUGACUUAGAGUCUGAAUUUAUUGUUAAUAAUAAUCAGGAUUGGUUACCUAAUCCUGAUAAUAAUGAAGAUGAAUUUUUUGGAGAUAAUGCUGCAAUGGAAGAAGUAACCGACAUGGAAAAUUAUGAAGAUGUUUAUGAAAAUUUAAAUUUUGAUUUGUAUACUUCAAUUAUCAGAGUAAUUGCAAGACUUCAAUCCAAGGGAUCUAUAACUGGCAGUAUUUUGAGCGAUGUUUUGGACGAAUUCGAAAAAGUGAUUUUGAAUUUAGCUAAAUUCUUCAAGAAUAAAGUUCUUAAAUAUUUUUAAGCAAGAAAUGCUACUGAAGAUCUUGAAGUUGUUGAAUUACUUUCCAAAUUUGAUUUUGAAAAUCCUUUUGACGAUCUUCAUACUUUGAAAGGCCAGAUAAAGGCAUUAAAAAUUAAUUGUGGUUAUAUUGAAUCUAUAGAGAUUCCUCUUGGUUACCGCAUGGAAAA